UCGCCGACAACAACUCCGGCAGCUACAACAACUUCCACGCCAACAACUGCCGUACCGACAACAAUUGCUGCACCGACAACAACUGCCGCACCGACAACAACUCCUGCAUCUACAACUCCAGCGCUGACAACAACUGCCGCACUGACAACUGCCGCACCGACAUCAACUCCCUCGCCAACAACAACCGCGGCACCGACAACAACUGCCGCACCGACAACAACCCACUCGCCAACAACAACUGCGGCAUCUAAAACAACUCCCUCUCCAACAACUACUCCGUCACCUACAACUACUCCGGUACCUACAACACCUCCCUCGCCGACAACAACUCCGGCAGCUACAACAACUUCCACGCCAACAACUGCCGCACCGACAACCACUACCUCGCCGACAACAACUGCGGCACCUACAACAACUCCCGCACCUACAACAACUCCCGCGCCGACAACAACUGCCGCACUGACAACUGCCGCACCGACAUCACCUCCCUCGCCAACAACAACCGUGGCACCGACAACAACUGCCGCACCGACAACAACCCACUCGCCAACAACAACUGCGGCAUCUAAAACAACUCCCGGGCCGACAACAGCCGCACCGCCAACAACUCCCUCGCCAACAACUACUCCGUCACCUACAACUACUCCGGAACCUACAACACCUCCCUCGCCGACAACAACUCCGGCAGCUACAACAACUUCCACGCCAACAACUGCCGCACCGACAACAAUUGCUGCACCGACAACUGCCGCACCGACAACCACUACCUCGCCGACAACAACUGCGGCACCUACAACAACUCCCGCAUCUACAACAACUCCCGCGCCGACAACAACUGCCGCACUGACAACUGUCGCACCGACAUCACCUCCCUCGCCAACAACAACCGCGGCACCGACAACAACUGCCGCACCAACAACAACCCACUCGCCAACAACAACCGUGGCACCGACAACAACUGCCGCACCGACAACAACCCACUCCCGCACCGCCAACAGCCGCACCGCCAACAACUCCCUCGCCAACAACUACUCCGUCACCUACAACUACUCCGGAACCUACAACAACCCACUCGCCAACAACAACUCCGGCAGCUACAACAACUUCCACGCCAACAACUGCCGCACCGACAACAAUUGCUAUAACUCCCGCAGCGACAUCAAUUCCAGCAUCAACAACUUCCGCGGCACCAACAACAACUCUGGCGCCUACAACAACUCUGGCGCCUACAACAACUCUGGCGCGAUCAACAACUCCCGCGACAACAAAUACUCUGUACGAUGA